AUGGAUGCCUUUGAAGCAAGAUUGGAGUUCUCAAAAAAGCUAUUUAAUCUAAUUCCCUCCUCAGUAAUCAUCUCGAGCUGUGUUAAUUUUGCUCUAAGAUACUGUGAUUAUCAAGAUGACUUCAACUCUUGUAUCAUCGAAGUAUUAUCUCAAGUUGACUUGAAUCAAAAACUAAAUAUCCUCUAUUUUAUUGAAGCUCUUCUACUCCAUCCCCAAUUACAAAUCAACAAAGAUAUAACCACUUUUCCUCCCUAUUUAUUAGACAUCCUAAGGGCCCUACCAAACUAUUUAAUCACCAUAAUCCCUUCUCAUCAUGGUGGUUUAAGCAACUUAAGGGUAGCUUUCUCUAUUUUACAAAAUAUAGGCAACAACUUUCUUACUUUAGAUCCCCCAAUUGAUCUUGACAAAAAUACUGACAAAAAUCUUGAAAAUUUUUCAUCUGAUCUUAAUUUAUUAAACUCUUUAAAAAUAUCAAAUGAUUCCCUAAAUAAAAACAUUCAUUCCUUUGAUAAUCUGAAUGCAAAUCUGAUCAAUAACUCAAAUACUCAAAAGGAAACAAAAAUAAAUUAUGAAGAUAUUAUAUAUCAACAAUUUCCUGUGUCUGGUGGCAAAAUAUUAGCAAGAAUGGAAUUGGAUAGAGAAAGACAUAAAAAAUUAAAAGAAAGUAAAUGGAUGGUCAAUAGACUUGAUAAAGCUGUCGAUAAAAAUGAAUUCAGAUAUUUAUGGGAUAAAUAUGAUGAACUAUCAGACGAUGAUAUUGAUAGAAUUGAAGAAUUGAAUGAUUUAGCAAGAGACAGUUAUAAUUAUCCAUUAAUUUGA